GUAUUCGCUAUUCAUUAGUUGUUUGUCCGACUGCGUGUUGCGCCAAUUGUGUUUGACGGCAGUCGCUCGCAAGCAGGUGCGUAGUGCGCGCGUGCUUCCAUUUCUGAAAUAACAGCUGAUCGAGUUGCCGCCAUCGCGAUUUGACAAUAAUCAAAAUUAGAACACGAAAUAUUGCAAUAUUAUAAAUCAAUGCACUGAUUGUAAAAUUAGAAAAACAGUGCACUAGUGUUGAACCGUAGUACAAAUGAAGAUGACAGUUAAUCGAAUAAGAGUUGUGGUGCUCGGGAGUGCACGUUCAGGCAAAUCUGCGGUUGUUGUGCGAUACUUGACUAAGCGAUAUAUUGGCGAAUACAGUUCUACAGGCGAUUUCCUGUAUCAACAUCGGGUGGCUUUUGAUGGAGCCACGUCUGAGGUCGAGGUUUUGGAUACAUGUGGGUGUGCCAAACGAGGCUGCUUAGCGGAACACCUUCGUUGGGGUGAUGCUUUUGCUGUGGUAUACUCGGUAUGCGACAGGCGUUCCUUCCUCGCCGCUGCUGAGAUACUGGCAUUACUUGAACACACUCGUCUUCCUGGUUGUACAGCUGUCACACUGCUCGGGAACAAGAGGGACUUAGAACAUGCCAGAGUCGUCAAAGCAGAAGAGGGUCAGGAGCUAUCAUUGAGGUUUGGGUGCCAGUUCUACGAGGUGUCGGCGGCGGAGUCGUGCGCUGGCGCCGCGCUCGCUUUCCACGCGCUACUGCGGGAAGCACGAGCACUCGCACUGCUGCUGCCCGCGCCGAGACGCAAGCUGGCUGCUUACUCUGUUUCCAAGGUUAUUGGCUCAAUCCUCGGCUUGAGCAACAAAAGCGUAAGAAAGAAACGACCCUCUUUGAGCAUAUGAUUCACCAGCGUAUUUUCUACUGGGUUUCGUUACUCCGUGGCAGGAGCUUGUUUAUUUCUGUGAAACAGAAAGUUUUAUUAUCUCUUACGAUGUGCUUCGGAGAGAUUUGUCGACUGAAAAUGCUUGUGUUGAUGUAGCUGGCAAAGACGAACUGAAAUGACUGGCAAGACAUUUAUAAAAUGAAAGAAAGAAUAUGAAAAUGGCACAAACGUCAAACAUGUAUUGUAAUUUAAAGGCAAUUUUGUUUAGUUGAUUAUGAUAAAUAUUGAAGUUAUGCCAUUUUGUAUUACAUAUAAUUUUUGAGACUUGAUUUAAAAUGUAUAUUUAAAAAGACUAAUGGAAAUUACAUAUGGACUGUGUUUAACGUAACACAUGUGAAUGUGAUAAAUAUUGAAAAUAAUAAAAUUAGAAAUAUUGAUCAAAUAAUGUUGAGUAUUUUGUAAAAAAUCAUGUUUUAAUAUCACUAUACAAUUUUGUAGAUAAUAUGUAUAUAUUAGUUGAUAUGCCUAACGUAAAGAGUGUGUGUUGAUAUAAUAUAUUGUAUCUGUGUUUAUAUAGCAAUAAAUCCCAUGAAAAUGCCAUUUCAUUGUUUCAUAUUUUUACUCGAAUACUUUUUUUGCAUCCUUUUAUUCAAUUACUGCA